AUGGAUGACAAAUCCAAUUCGUUCGCCAGCAACAAAGAGGAGAAGGCGGAUGGGAAUAACGUGUUUCAGAGGCAAGACUCCAUACUGAAGAACAACAUGGGGAGCCAGAACAUGAAAGACCACGGUAACUCUGUGGGUGUAAAGGGGGAUCGAGAGGAAACCAUGGUCGGUUUCGAUGAUAUAGAUGCAGCAGCCAGGCAACACAGUUUCAUGCAGCGGCAGUUUGGAGCCAUGAUGCAGCCCGGGGUGAAUAAGUUCUCCCUGCGGAUGUUCGGCAGUCAGAAAGCCGUGGAGAAAGAACAGGAGAGGGUUCAAACGGCUGGAUACUGGAUCAUUCAUCCCUAUAGCGAUUUUAGGUUCUACUGGGACUUAAUAAUGCUCAUCAUGAUGAUGGGAAAUCUAAUCAUCAUUCCUGUUGGAAUAACAUUCUUUUCCGAAGAGACCUCCACCACCUGGCUAAUAUUCAAUGUGGCCUCGGACACCAUAUUCAUGGUGGACCUGGUCAUGAACUUCCGGACGGGGAUUGUCAACGAGGAGAGCUCCGAGAUCAUCCUAGACCCCAAGGUCAUCAAGAUGAACUACCUGAAGAGCUGGUUUGUGGUCGACUUCCUCUCCUCCAUCCCGGUGGAUUAUAUCUUUCUAAUAGUGGAGAAAGGCUUUGACUCAGAGGUGUACAAGACUGCCCGUGCACUGCGCAUUGUGAGGUUUACAAAAAUCCUCAGUCUCCUCCGCCUGUUGAGACUGUCUCGACUCAUCCGAUACAUUCAUCAGUGGGAGGAGAUUUUCCAUAUGACCUAUGACCUGGCCAGUGCGGUGGUGAGGAUUUUUAACCUCAUCGGGAUGAUGCUGCUGCUGUGCCACUGGGACGGCUGUCUGCAGUUCCUGGUGCCCCUCCUGCAGGACUUCCCCCCAGACUGCUGGGUGUCCUUAAAUGGCAUGGUGAAUGAUUCCUGGGGUAAGCAGUACUCCUAUGCCCUCUUCAAAGCCAUGAGCCACAUGCUGUGCAUCGGGUACGGCGCCCGGGCGCCUGUCAGCAUGUCCGAUCUGUGGAUCACCAUGCUCAGCAUGAUCGUGGGCGCCACCUGCUACGCCAUGUUCGUGGGCCACGCCACCGCCCUCAUCCAGUCCCUGGACUCGUCCCGACGCCAGUACCAGGAGAAGUAUAAGCAAGUGGAGCAGUACAUGUCCUUCCACAAGCUUCCUGCUGACAUGCGGCAGAAGAUCCACGACUACUACGAGCAUCGUUACCAGGGCAAGAUCUUCGACGAGGACAACAUCCUCAACGAGCUCAAUGACCCCCUUAAAGAGGAAAUUGUUAAUUUCAACUGCCGUAAGCUGGUGGCCACCAUGCCCCUGUUUGCCAACGCGGAUCCCAACUUCGUGACGGGCAUGCUGAGCAAACUCAAGUUUGAAGUCUUCCAGCCCAACGACUACAUUAUCCGCGAAGGCACGGUGGGGAAGAAGAUGUACUUCAUCCAGCAUGGCGUCGCCAGCGUCAUCACCAAAGUCAGCAAGGAGAUGAAGCUCACCGACGGCUCCUACUUCGGAGAGAUCUGCCUGCUGACCAAGGGCAGACGCACGGCCAGCGUCCGCGCCGACACCUACUGCCGCCUCUUCUCGCUGUCCGUGGACCACUUCAACGAGGUGCUGGAGGAGUACCCCAUGAUGCGCCGCGCCUUCGAGACGGUGGCCAUCGACCGGCUGGACCGCAUCGGGAAGAAGAACUCGCUCCUGCUCCAGAAGUUCCAGAAGGAUCUGAACGCCGGCGUCUUCAACACCCAGGAGAACGAGCUCUUGAAGCAGAUCAUCCGUCAGGACCGGGAGAUGGUGAUGAUGGUGGAGCGCAAGCAGUCGGUCACGGGGGUGAACUCAACACCGAUGUCUGGAAACUCCAUCAUUAACUCCCCGGCGCAGCCGCCCUACGCCGCCGCGCUCCAGCAGUCUGCUCCCAUGACCUACAGCGCCUCGGCCACCAUCGCCCCCACCGCGCGUCUCAUGGCCGCCUCCAUACAAGGCAUCUUCCCCGCGCCCAGCGUCUCCAUCGGCAACCUGAACUCGGCUUCCCCCAACCCGCAGACGCCGCUGCAGCAGCAGCAGGGGGCGCUCAUGUCGCCGUGCUCCUUCACGGCGGCCGUGUGCAGCCCCCCCGUGCAGACCCCGCUGGCCGGCCGCACCUUCCAGUACGGCUCGCCCACCGCCUCGCAGCUGUCCCUCAUCCAGCCGCCCCUGUCCACCCAGCAGCAGCAGCUCCCCGCACAGCCAUCGCCCUCCACCUCAUCACAACAGCAACAACAACAACAACAACAACCACCACCACCACAGCAGCCACCGCAGCAGCCAGCCCAACCCCAGCCGUCCCAGCAGCAGCCAUCGCAACCGCAGGUGCCCUCCCCCCAGCGCAGCGAGGUCCACAAGAGCACUCAGGCCCUGCAGUCGGGCAGCCUGAGCCGAGACGUGCGCCACCUCUCCGCCUCCCAGCCCUCCCUGCCACAUGACACCACGUUGGUGACGCGGCCCGUGCCUCCCGCCUCAGGCGAGUCCAUGGCGGCGCUGCCCCCUCAGGCGGGCUCGGCCGCAGGGCCCCAGGCUCCGGGCUCGGCCCUGCAGGGGGGCAUCCGCAGCACCGUGCCCCAGCGGGUCAGCCUGUUCCGCCAGAUGUCGUCUGGAGCACUGCCGCCAGUGCGCACAGCGCCCCCUGCUGCUCAGCACAGGGAUUCCACAGGCUCCAGAAGAGAAUCGGCAGUCUUAAGCAGCACAGAGACAGAACAAGACAAGAAUUUGCGGUUUACGUCAAAUUUAUGA